GUCUGGACAACUGCUCCUUCUCCUUAUACCCCCAUCACCACCCACGCCGUCGCAAGCGUUCUCGACACUUCUUUUAUACCCGCGCCGCUGUUGAUUUUACGCGUCUGCCGCCAUGCUACCGAAAUCUCCUACGGCGGGCGCAGCGGAGACGUUAGUCUUCGGGACUGGUUCAGAAGAAGGUUAUGAGGGCUUAGUUCUAGGAGGAAGUGACGAAGCGGAUGUGAGGGACUCUCCUGAGUCUCGGGUAUCCAUGUAUGUUUCACUGUUCGAAGACAUGGUGGCAACGGUUCUGCAGCAUGAAGACUAUCUGUUCACGCUGGAAGAAGUUGGCUGCCUAGGUCAAUACAGCAGGCUGUCAUAUCACGCACGCUACCUUUUGGUCCGACUCUGCCUACGCAAGGCAGACAAGUGGCAUAGGCUCAGUGCGCUGAAGUAUGAGCGUGAACUUGGGAACAACAUACGUCAAGCCAUCGGAGAGCUAUGCGGUAACACCGAUUCACCGACAUCCGAGAACGCAAAACCUAGUGUCAAAGCCGAAGUCAAAGUCGAGCAGGUCGACGCACAAGCGGAACUCGAGCCAUUGUCUCUCAGUCAUGAGCUACCGUGCGAUCCGGACAAACUCGGUCAGCGAGAUCGAAGUAUCAAGGUCGAGGCGUACGAGCCCUGUAUCAAGUCUGAAGAGCCGGAAGUCAUCGACCUGACGCUCGACGCGGAUGCCGACGAGCAGCCAGAAACAGUACCGACAGUAGUUGCCCCAGAGCCGAAAGCGGGACUGGAGAGUGAACUUCUCCCCGGCUCUACGCAUGUAUGCUUUGCGGAGAAUGAGUCGGGGGCGAGUUUACGUGACCUCCUGGAUUGCCUUACACUGGAGGAACUGAAGGGAACUGCCAAACAGUUCAAAGUCAAAGGCUCCUUGAAGGAAGUACUCAUCGACGAAUUGAUUCGCACAUGUUCUGGUCAAGCCACACUAGGGUUCUUCAUUGGCUCCUCGGGGAAACACGGCAAAGGCGGUAGUAGACCUGCUCUUACUCAGAGCAACGUUUUUCUCUCUGGACGGACACAGGCAGACAGACUACGGGCGAUUGUGAUGAGGACACUCGAUACCUGUGUGCGUAUCAAUGAGCAUGUCUUCAGGCUCUUACGACGUGUCAACCUCGUCUACUUCCGGAAAACGCAACAGGCGGAGUCGAUGCUCACUGAAUCAAUCUUGGCUUACGCUCGCAAACGCUCAUAUACGCCUUACAAGCAUGAGCGAACCCGCGAGAUAUGGCCUUCACGAGCCGCUUUACUAGCAUAUGAAGAGGCACUCGAGAAGGAAGCUCAGGUCGACGCGAUUUUGGAUGGCACUUCCGGCAUAUCAUUUCGCGCGCGUUCGUCGGCUAGCCGUACCCCAGGUCCAGCCGCCAAGAGGGCCAAAGUAUCUGUUACGCCUCACAAGAAUGACAAGCAUAAGAGCAAGACCGAAGAUCUGAUGGACAUCGAGAAUCAACCGGGCGUAGACCACGAAAGCUCGGAGCUGGACGGUCCUUCAAAGCGAAAGGCGCAUGCGUUAAGGCCCAUUUUCGAAGAGACCUACGAGCGGUGGAAGACCAUGGUCCACGUAAAGGGCGAGGAGGUUGGCCGACCCCGAGGACUGGAACGCUUCGAUUGCGGUCAUGUCCUCACGCGCGUCGUCUGCAAGGGUUCCGCGGCGCUCGGUAUGCUCGGCCAGCAUGAGUAUGAGCUUGAAGUCCUGGAAAGUCUUCUCGCUCAGCGGCGGUGGCGACGCGGACGCCGAGGCCGGUGGUACGAGCGUCGGGCGCUGCUCCUGAUGAAGUUUCAGCAGUACGAACGCGCGAAAGCGGCGGUCAUCGAAGCAUUGGAAGAUGACGAUACACAUAUCGUGUUUCGACCAAAGCUUGAACGGAGACUUACAACUCUCGAGAAGCGGCUCAAGGUACCCGAAGAAGAGCGUCAUGUAUGCGAAGGCAGACUCGAAAAAGCCACGCUAGUCCAGAUCACAGGCACUCGUGUCUACCACCGGGAAACGAGCCUGAAGCUAGACCUUUUCGGCCGGAACGUUGCCAGAUCGUCUAGGGCACCGACUCGUAAUGUUUCUGCACAGACGUCAAUUCCGUCCGACUGGGUCCAACCGACCACCGUUCCCCUUGAAAAGCAUCCUCCCGAGGGACCACCGAAGUGGGUGGGCAAGUCUAUCUGGUUAGGCCGAGACUGUGAAGAAGUCACCGUUGAGAUCCUCGCUCUCCAGCAUUACGAGAAGCAUGGGUACAAAGGCUUUCAUUGUGAGGGCAGAGUCGUGACAACCCUGUUCGGCCUGCUCUUCUGGGACAUCGUUUUCGCUGAUAUCCCCGGCGCAUUUGAGACGCUGUAUCAACACGCCCCUCUCGAUAUCGCCGAAGACACGUUCUACUAUGCGAGGCAACAUCUCGUCGAUCAACGCUUGGAGGAACUCAAGUCUGGACAAGGCCCAGAGAUACUAGGUCGCUUCUUUGACGAGCACAACGAGAAAAAGACCUGGUGCGUUGGUGUCCAAUGGGAGCUGUUCGAGAAGAGUGACCUUCUCGAGAUCGCCGAGAAUCUAGGAGGAGUUGCUCUCGCCGUGAUCUGUCGAUUGAUGUGCGAAGAUUACGGCGGCCGCACUGGCGGUGUUCCAGACUUGAUCGUAUGGAACGUGGACACUCGGGAGUGCAAGUUUGUCGAAGUUAAAGGUCCCGGAGACAGAUUGCAGGAAAAUCAGAAGGUCUGGAUCGAUGUCCUGCUGCAGGCGGGCGUCACGGUGGAGGAAUGCCGUGUGGCUGAGCAAGGUGCUGAACCUGCUACGAAGAAGAAAGCCAAGAAGCGAGCGACACGGCCGCUCAAGCGCAAACGCGCCCCGCGGGACUCCGACGAGGAACUCCUCGUGCCCGAGUCUGAAGACGAGGAAGAGAUCGACUACUCACAGAUGGACACUGGUGCGACCGAUAAGUAUCACUCCCCACCGCCUACCCCGAAGAAGCCACCCCCACGGAGGAUCAUCAACCGUGCAGAGGUCGUCAUUACCACCAGUCCGGCGCGGUAUUCGACCAAGCGAGCACGUAGCGUGUCCCCCGAGGUCUAAUGGCCAACUCAUUCAUAUCAUUAUUGUUAUCGUAUUCCGUUGUUCUGUUGUAGCUAUAGCAGGUGUGAUGUACAGUACUAUUAGGGUAUAGAGACGUCGACAUGGCUGCGCAUGCUCAAGUCGCGGGGACGAAGUCGACGGUGACUGGUACCAAUGAUAGAACGACAACGUUUGGCCUCUUCUACUAGUAGUCUCGGGCCAACAUAGACAAUUCAAAUUCCUUCAAUGUUUGUACCUUUGUGUCUCAG